AAUCAUAUUCCAGAACCGGGGAGGGGCUGGUUUGUUGACUGGAGCCGUGUGAGAGAAACCUUGGAGUUAAGUGAACGAGAAGGGGGCCAAAUCAGUUAUGUUUCUUAAGACAUUGUCGUCGUGAAUUAUGAUUUUUAAAGCUGCGCCAGGGCAAAGAUGCAAUGGAGGUCAAUAGUAGUUGGUCUUCUCCUCUUGAGACUGGUUUUCAAUUUUGUCAUAUGGCUUGCAUUUGGACUGGGACCUAGCUGGGGAUUCAACUUCCCCAUAAAUUUCAAUUUCAAUUUGCACAAAAUUGAGCUUUUCAAAGAGAAAGAAAGGGACGACUCCAAAACGAAUUCGUGGUUAGAUCGAUUACAUGACGAUAUAGACGGAUAUCGCAGGACGUGCUCAAAGGAUAAUGAACAUACCCACAAGAAAUCAUAUCUCAGCUUCUUUCAGAAUGGAAAAGACGAAUAUGCGAAGAAGUACAGCUCCUUCCCCGACAAACUGAAGGCGGAGAUGCGGGGAAUGGCCAAAGAAAUGUUCUACUUCGGAUACGACAACUACAUGAAAUAUGCUUUUCCUGAUGAUGAGCUUAACCCUAUAGACUGUCAAGGGAGGGGACCAGACGUCCUUAACCCGUCAAACAUCAACAUCAACGAUGUUUUGGGGAACUAUUCUCUGACCCUCAUUGACACACUUGAUACACUCUUGGUGCUGGGGAAUGUGUCUGAGUUUCACAGAGCUGUAAAGCUGGUGAUUGACACAGUGUCUUUUGAUAAGGAUUCUACUGUACAAGUGUUUGAGGCCAACAUCAGGAUCCUCGGAAGCCUGAUAUCCGCUCACAUCCUCCUCACCGAUUCAAAGCAGCCUUUCGGCAAUGUGGGCCUGAAGGACUACGACAAUGAGCUCCUACACCUGGCUCACGACCUUGCCGUCCGGCUGCUACCCGCUUUCGAGAACACCAGCACGGGCAUCCCUUACCCCAGGGUAAAUCUUAAGAACGGCGUCCCCCCUGACAGCAUCAAUGAGACGUGCACAGCGGGUGCUGGCUCCCUUUUGGUGGAGUUUGGAAUCUUGAGCCGCCUCGUCGGCGACUCAACGUUCGAGUGGGUGGCCAGGCGGGCUGUCAAGGCACUGUGGAAUCUGAGGAGCAAUGAGACUGGUCUGCUAGGAAAUGUAGUUAACAUCCAGACAGGUCAGUGGGUGGGUAAGCAGAGUGGUCUGGGUGCUGGAAUGGACUCAUUUUAUGAAUAUUUACUGAAGUCCUACAUCCUCUUUGGGGAGAAAGAAGACUACAAGAUGUUCAAAGCUGCCUAUGAUUCUAUUCAGAAUCACCUCAGAAGAGGGCGGGAGGCCUGUAACGAAGGAGAAGGCGACCCUCCACUCUAUGUUAAUGUGAAUAUGUUCAGCGGGCAGAUAAUGAACACCUGGAUCGAUUCCUUGCAGGCCUUCUUUCCUGGGCUUCAGGUGCUCAGUGGGGAUGUGGAGAAUGCGAUCUGUCUGCACGCUUUUUACUAUGCCAUUUGGAAGCGGUUUGGAGCUCUUCCUGAGAGGUAUAACUGGCAGCUGCAGGCUCCAGAUGUUCUCUUUUACCCCCUGCGACCUGAGCUGGUGGAGUCCACAUAUCUGCUUUACCAGGCUACCAAGAAUCCUUUUUAUUUACAUGUGGGAAUGGAUAUCCUUCAAAGCAUUGAGAAAUAUACCAAAGUCAGGUGUGGCUAUGCUACCCUUCAUCAUGUGGUGGACAAGUCCAAAGAGGACCGCAUGGAAAGCUUUUUUCUCAGCGAGACCUGUAAAUACCUUUACCUGCUGUUUGACGAGGACAACCCCUUACACAAAUCUGAGAAUAAGUACAUCUUUACGACAGAGGGUCAUGUGGUACCCACAGACGAGCGCUUCCGGGAGAAGCAGUGGAAGGAAGGCAUGCUUACGGAUCAGGAAGCAACCAACGUGCCUCCCAGCAACACCAGCAAUGUAAGAUCAGUGCCAGGCAGGGAAAGGGACUGGAAUUGUAACAGGAUUCCUGACGAACGCCGGUAUGCGCUGCCCUUGAAAAGUGUUUACAUGAAGCAGAUUGAUCAGAUGGUGGGACUCCUGUGAGCUUCUCAGAGCAGCACCAGCUGUGGCACCAUCUCUGGACCAGGCUUGAAGGGCUGCUGGAGAAUCAGCUCCUCAGGUCUGACCUCCAGCUCUAUGGGAGGAUUUCGGUUUCAGUAAUACGGGUUAUACUUCUGAAAAACAUUACCUUUCUGUUGCCAUGAAUAUUCUUGCUUUUGCAGAAGUACUUCCUGGAUUUCUUCCUGUUAUUGCCUCACUAAUAUUAUUUGUAACACCUGUAUUAUGGAGAUUAUGGUCCUGAAUUAAAUCUCAUGUAAUUCCUCUCCAUCUUCACAAACAAACAGAAGUUUCUCUGCCUUUUUGCAAUACUGCAUCACCACAUCCUCAGUGUGACAGCAACGGUCUCGUCUGUGAUCCUCGGAUGUAAAUGUAAAGAAUUUUCCAAGCAUUCUUAUACUCUGUAAGGUAAUUUACACUGAUCUGAGGCCGUGAUGUCGGUAUAUUAUACGAAUAUGAUUUGAAAAUGACUCAAUGCUUGAUGCUUCUGUUAGUGGUUUUUAUUGAUCUGAGGUUAGAAGCUGUAAACCAAAGAUCUGUAGGAAGCGACCUAUUCAGUUGAAUUCUUUCUGAGCUUGUUUGUUCUCUCCAUUGGUCUUUUCACUCCCAAGUAAUCCAACUGUACAAGUGCUUUUUUGGUUCCUUUAAAUAUAUUGCCAAAUUAUGGUUUGGAUUUGGGUUGUUGGUCUACACUUAUGUCUUAAAAUUAUAAUGGGUCUAGUGGGAGGUUGAGCUUAAUGGGUCAGUAAGUUGAUGCAGUGUUCGGCAACAUUACAGAAUGAGGGUCUUCAGUUAAAACAUGGGGUCUUCCGAUUUUACAGUCUGCUAGGCGGAAGAUUGCAUCAAUCUUCAUAAAUGAGCUUAAAGUUUUAAAAAGGUCUAAAUAAUCCAGAAUAUUGCCUCAUUUGCACUGCCUUAUAUGGACAAAUCUGAGAGUUCCGUCGCUAAGUACUAAGUUGUUUACGGGUCUUGUAGCCCAGCAAUAAAACACAUGCCAUAAGUCAGACGAUAAAUGCAGCUUGUUUCGAUGCUUAUCACAAGGCUAAAGUUAUGCAUAUGUAGGAAUGUUGACUGACAUUAUUUUGACUGCAUUUUAAGGCACUUUGCCCUGAUUCUGUUCUUAAUAGAUGUACAUGGAGCUUGAUUUGUGCCUGAGAAUUUUGAGUUAUGCUGGAGAUAAUUUUUAUAUUGAGGGGUCAAUCCACGAUAGUCUAUAACAGCAAUGUCCAUAAAAUUAUGAAGUCCAGUGGACGCAGUGUUAUAGUCUUAAAUUCCUGCCAGAAAUGCUUCUGCGGGUGAUUUGUGAGCUUUCAGCCAGUUCAAUUCUUCCAUUGUAAUACCUGGGUUCCAAGGGAUUUUGGGCUGCAAGAUGUUGGCUGUGUGAUUAUAUUGAUCCAUGAAAAAACUUUGGGACAUAACUAGCACUGUUUUCACUUGCUUAUAGGACUUUUUAUGUGGAGUAAGCCUCUCCCUUGAAAAUAUAAACGAUAACAAGUUGCAUGUAGGGUUAUACUGAAAGAAUUGUUCGAAAUUGCAUUUGAAGUUUUCAUUAGGUGGAAAGAACAAUGUGUUUUCAAUUAUAACAAAAUAAAGCCAUAUUUUAUAAGGGCAUUUUUGUGGAGUGUUAGUCCUAUAGCGAUUUAUACAUGUGCAUUUUAAGUUUGUACAUCAACAAGCUCUUUAGAAAAUUAUGAGUUUGACUGAUGGCCGUCAGAACAAUGUGAAUAACUGUUCUCCAUAGAGGACGAGGUUUGUCUGUUCCAGGUUUGGCUGUGAGUUAAGUCUAUUAUUUAAAUAUACAGCUGGAUUCCUGCUUGGAGAUGGUAGCAUACAUGCAUAUGGAGUUGUUAAUCCAAACAAUUUACAUGUGCUAUGUGGCUUGUGCAUCUUACCUAUGUUGUCCGAAGCUCUAUAUUAAAAAGUGUUAAAAGGGGACAGGAAACUCAGGGAUUUAUAAUGUGUCAACUUCUAAGCAGAUUAAUUUGCAUGCUCGACAUGUCAUUGUUUCUGUUAUUGGAGCCAUUUCUUGUAUUCAUAUGUCCUCUGACUCUGGAACAUUUAGCAUGUUAAUUUAAAUAAUUCUAAAUAUGAUUUGCUCUAUAGGUCUCAAGCAGAUCUUUGCAUGGUUUGUAGGUCAUUUCUAUACACUGUAUAUCAUAUUCUUCCAAUCUGUUAUUGAAAGUGGAACAUGUUGAGGUUUAUGGCCCUUAGCCACAUAGAUUAAAGGUUUGCUCAGUGACAAUUGGACCAGGAAAGUGAGAUCUGUUCAAUAUGUACACUCUGGAUUUUAGUCGGUGAUGUGGCAAACAUUGCUUUUUACAGCUAAAUAAGUUGCUCUUGUACUACUCUAAUGCACUUCUCAGCAAUCAUUCUGAUUCUGUACUGAAAUACUUCAGUGCUGUUAUUGUUUUUAUUUUCUUCUCUCCCUGCUGGAAAGAUCUGAGUGAUUCUCUGGCGCUCGCUUUACCAGUAACAGCUUCAUGCACCCAUCCUGCAGACAUGGCUCUCUCAUGGAGUGUGGAUGGGUUUGGUGGUUCAUUCCACACACCUGUCACCCAUCAAGCACCUUUCCCAAGCUGCUGUUAGCCAAACACCUCACAUCCCAUAUCUUCCCAGUAAUUGUAAAGAAACAUCUGUUUAGUUAUCAUGACCACACGAGCAGAAUCUCCUCUUUGUAUUAUAUUGCUUUGAGGUGUGUUUACAAAUUGAAACUACAAGUGGUAUCCAUUUUUCACCAAAUGUGCCAUUUCUUUACAAUAGAAUCUUUAGAAAAUUGUUUUUAAUUUUUGCAAGUGUUUUUAUGUAAAGACAAUUUUUAAGUCUGAGACUGGAAAGAUUGUAAAAGUACACCCAUUAACAACAAAUAAAGUGGGAGAAAAAAAAUCCUGGAUUAAGUUCACUAAAUCUGUACCUGAAUUGAAAAAUGUUGCUUGCUUUGUGUGUGUGUGUGUGACAGAGAGUGUGUGAGAGUGAAAGAGUGAGAGAUUACAUUGUGGAGACCAAAUAAAAUACAUGAACAAUAAAAAGACAAUAAAAGCCUGUUAUUU